CGGUACGUUAGUUCGAUACGACUGCUUCGAUGAUGAAGAGACUCUCACGUACAAGUGAUUGGGGUGCUUCUCGUUGGACAGUUCAGUGCGCGCACUUUUGGCAUUAACACACAAACAAAAAAAAUCUUCUAGAAGGAAAAGUACAGUGAAGAAAGAGGUACCUCUAAACAAACAAUAGUGAACUGUGUGUUAAAAAAUAAGGAUAAAAACACGGCAUUAGUGCAUCGACUGUGCAAUGUAGAUGAUUGAUCGAAUGAGCGCACAAACGGUGGAUAACAUACAGUUUCUAGCAUCCUUUUUUUUGGUUCAUCUUCCCCCUGCGAUGUCUUGAUUUCGAUGUAACACGUGGUGAAGGGAAAGGUUUAGCGCAAACGGUCCCAUAGCUGCAUCGUGAUUGAUCGUGUGUCGGACAGUUUAAGCAUCGAAUGAUUCAUGGUUCUAGCUUGGUUAGUGUGGGGUAAAAAAAUAACAAGUAGAAAACGAGUUUAAGUUUUGUGAAAAUUCAUCCCGUGCUGAUUGGAUCACGAAUGUUUUUUGACAAUAUUGAUACUUCAAUUUUUUUCAAAUGACAAAAACUGAGUAACUUCAAACACGAGAUAGUUUCAAAAAUUGUGUAUCAGAAUGCGAGUAAAUCAAACAUCAGCGUAAUCUUAUAAAGUCAAUUCACUUCCAAUACAACACACGUGUAGCAGUGCGAACGAUCGUCCUGCAGGGUAGCCAGCGUGGCCACCCCGCCAUGCUGCUUGAAGCAACGUCACUCACCUUUCCAUGGUCAAUCUUUUAAAGAGCAGCAGCCAAUUAGUUGCAGGCAAUAGCAAUAGCAUCCUCUACAUUCCAGUGCCACCAAACGCAGUCGUUCACUCGUCCCCUGACCCAGUGCUCCACUCGACGGUUGGCAGUAAUUAAGAGGCGGUGUCAAUUAAUCAAACUGACGGUUCCGUUUGUGCCGGGGCCGGAGCGGGCGGGCCCGCUCGUGUGUACCGCGUGUGUGUUGUACCCACCCAAGCUUAUCCGUUGAUCGAGUAUCGAAGUGGUAAAUCAUUAGAUCCGAGUGCUCUUUUUAGUGACUGGCUGAGCAGGGCGAAGACAAAGAGAGGGAGAGAUAGAGCGCAAGUGGAAGGAAACGCUCCGUCAGAUCACAAACGUGACUCAAGGCGAAAUGUCAGCAGCAACAUAACGGUUCGAUGGAACCGGUAGGAAAACAAAGCAUCGUGUGAGCUUAGCGUUGGAUUACCUGGUGUCAAGGGAGUGUUUCAAAUAUGCUGUUUUUUACGGUUUGUGAAUAAAUUGAAUGCAAGUGAAUGUUGAUACCGUAAAGUGAGGAAUCAGUGUGAGGAAGAAGUAGUAAUUAAAAAAAUAUUAAUAUUUUAAUUUUUGUUUUGUGGUGAAAAGAGUAUAACAGUGCAGUGUUCCUUGUGCAACAUCAAUACAUCAAAGGUUCAAUAAAGCUUCCAAAAUGCUGCAAGUAACGGCGGAUCGGUUUGGACGCCGAAGCAGCUCCAUCGGCUGUCGGUCAAUAGUCGGCCGGCGGACUUCCAUGUACAUCAACCAAACGCAGCACGACCGUGAUCCGUUCAAGCUUAUCCUGGAAAUCAACAGUGAGGUGGCACUAUUUCGCGACCUGCUCAUACACGUCGGCCAAUCGAGGGACUGUCCGGAGCUGCGGGAGAAGAUCCGAAAACUUCGCCGAUCCUGCGUCGAGGCCUGCAAGCAUACCGCCGCCCUGAUACUGCCCCAAAUACGAACCGCCAUCGCCGAGGGCAUCCUGACCGAUAACCCGCACCUGGUGCUGCUGUUCUACCUUGCUCAACUAUUUCUAAGAGAAUUAAUCAAAAGCCACCGACUGGUGCAGGUAAUACCGAUGGACAUGUCCGGCUAUUACGAGAACCGGGCCGGCCCGUCCAAUCUGGGCAAUGUGAUAAGCCAGAUACUGCUCUGCAAGCAAAUUACGCCCGACUUCAACCAGGAGGAGCUGUGCAGCAUUACGAAGGACUCGCAGGAGAUCGCCCGAAUACUGCAGGAGCUGCAGGAGUUUAUGCCGCAGCAGGAAAACUACCUGGAGCGAACCAUUGCCCUGACGACCGAAAUCAACGGACCCUGGCCGGCGAAACGACGGCGUGGAUCAUUAUACAAAAACAUGGGCCUGCUGUGCUGCGUCUCUCGGCCCAACUACCUAUGAAUGCGGACGUCACUGCGGCCGAGUGUGUCGUGGACUGAUCCGUUCGAUCAGCCAGCCGCACAAUGCAUCAUCGCCCUCCCGGGAGCGUAACCGCAACCGCGUAACUCCCCCUCGCCUCCGGCAGUGCACAACAAUAAAAAGGGCCGUUUCUCUCUCCUCCUGAAUCGAAAACCCACCGACCCUGAACCAGGCAGAAAUGGCAGGAAAUGUACCCGUGGCGUGGAUUUCACAUCAACGGAAUGGAUCACUCCGCAUCACAGUGUCAUCGAUGGAUCGAGCGCGCGUUGAACAGCGUUGCCCGGACGUGGCUGGGUUCGUGCAAAACUUGAAAUUUCGUAUUGGUACGGCCCCGCAGCAUGGCCGGGGAAAGUAGAGCAUCGUUGCUCACUCGCAAGCGUUUCGUCAGUAAGCUUGCCUGAGAAGGAAGCUGGAUGGAUAACGGCCGCCCGCGGUAGGAUAUCGCUUCCGGGCUCCGUUUUUCGGUUAACGAUAACCACAGCCAGUGUGUGGGUGUGUGUAUGUUAGUAUGUGAGAAAGAAAUAGAACGAAUGUGUGAGAGAAUGAUGAUGUGAAAGGCUGCACAAAAAACGCUGCAGCCUAGAGAAGCCAGCGAGACUAAAAUAGAUGCGAUGGACAGCGAUGGCGAAGUGCAGAUGCAUCCUGCACUGCUCGAUACAUUGCAUGGCAAUAAAAAAAAGGGUGCAUCGGACUGUAACGGAAGCGCAACUGGGGGCACCAAAGCACCAAUGGAGCGAACAUACACACAAACAGACACUUUUUCACUGCGAAGGAAACUUUACCGUAGUCAGCAGGCAGCGAGCGAGCAAUGCGCGAAAUAAUGCCAUGUGAGACUAACGUGCUGAAAGGGAACUUUAUUUUUGGCUUCAUUUUUUGUAAGUUGCCCGAUAAUGCCAUUUUUUUUUUUUGUUUCUCAACUCUUUUUUUGUUUCAACUCUAUGUGUGUGUGUGUGUUUUUUUUUUAGGUUUGUAUAGAUUUUUCUCUUGCUCAGACGGGCGAUUGAUGAUAGUGAUGAUGGAAUGCUCGUUGGAGCAGUUUUGGAUCUUGUUAAAUAAAUUUUUUUAAUAUUAUUUGCAUAUUUGACCUCGCUUUGACCUCUGAGCGCAAACAAAAUUAACGUUAUUUUAUAAUUAGUUCAAUGCUUUUAUUAAAUUAAAUUAAAAAAACAGGGUUCCUUGCAUCAAUUUUGCGAAGUGAGCUGCCUAAAUUGUCGUUUAAGAUUUUUGUAUUGCUCAAAACUAUUUCAUUUCAUUUUUAUAUUGCUCAAAACUAUUGCUUCAUCUGUGCAAUAUGAAUAAAAAGCCUCAGUUUUAUUACCGAUAAGAUUAAGAUCUUCUGCAUCUUAUUUAUUAUCAUUACAUUUUUUUCAAGUCAUUUGUAGGUAACAAUUAUGCACCAUUAGUCAUGAUUGUUUUAGCCAUAAACUGCUUUAGUUGAUGAAUCAUGAGUAGCCGAAUGUUUACUCACAAAUUGUUUGUUUGUAUUUCAUUCCGUCUCCGUUUUCGUCCCAACUGAAUUCGUCCGGAGAGGAAUAUUUCCGUACAGUGCGCAGCAUAACUAUACAAUCAAUAUGUUUUAGGUGGCUGGGAAAUUGAAAAAUUGGUAACGACUGGUAACAAAUUUGAGUAGCUUUAUCUAGACUUUUCUACAACUGUCGUUUGCGUUCAUACAUAAUCGGACAUCAGUUUAAAAAUUCAUCUGUUCUUUUUCACUAUACUUAAGCUACUGCCCGCCUUCGAUAGCGCCUAUUCUUCAUCAGCUAAUCAGACCUUGCCUGACCCCGCUUAGUAAAUUUAGAAGAUCUUUUACUCUUAUUGGUUCUAUUUAUGAUCAGCUAAUAAGAGGUUGUCUCUCUUUGUCUUAUCUCUUUUCGUCCUUAUCGCUCUCGACAGCGCCAUCUGGAGCUACAUUUGAACAUUAUUCGAGCUUCCAGCUUGACAGCUCAUUGUUUUGAAGCACAUUCGUUUGGCUAAUCUACUCGAGAUUGAUAUCGUGCCAACAAUCUUUUAAAUCCACAAACUCAUAUUCAAUUAUUUUUGUAUUUUUUUUACUACUUCAUUGCAUUGUUUUUGAUACCAAAAAAUGAUGGUUUGGAUUUAAUGCAUAGCCAAACUGGUAGCCUAUAUUUUUACGUUCUGCUCUGUAGAAAGCUUGCCGAUGAAGAUUAAAUUGAAAAUAAAAUUAAAUGGUAAUGCUUUGGGAUAGUAUAAAUGUGGAAAAUUUGUCAAAAUGCUUUUCAAAAUGAACGACAAAUAGUGUAGCUAACAUCGCAAAAAGGACGGGUAAACCCUGCACAACGAAACAUGCAAUUCCUGACGAUACUGACAGCCUUCUGCUUCUUCUUCUCCUCUUCACACUAAACCAAUUUUAUCGUCCACUCAUUUAUGGUGAAGUUCGCUCUCCUAAAUAGAGAACAGUUUUCCACGAACCAGAUUACAUGGGAUGGACAUUGUACCAGCACAUCAGCAAAAAAAAACAUCCCCCAUGAGAUUUAUUGGAUGCUGUAAACUUUUAGCACAACAUUUACAUCCCCACUGAACGGUGUGUAAAAAUUAUGAACAUGAUGAAAAUUGUUUCAUACCCUUUUUUGUACCAUCAAAACUAAAACUUUUCCUAUGACAGUUCGCUGAAUAGUUUGCAACUCCUCAUCUCACCCUUCUGCACAGUUUGUGGCAGUAAUGUAUGAGCAUUGUGUGCUUGAGCAUGCAUAUUAUUUGCAUAAUUAAAUGAUGCUUUAUUAUUCAACAUCGCGCUACAAUAAAACUGAGCCGAUAAUCUACAACAAUCACACUACGAGCACUUCCAUCUAUUGCCGUAAUUAUGCCAAUCUAGCGGGUUGUCCACAUGCCCUGAGUUUUUGGUACCCCACGCCUAUUUUUCCCACACCGUUCUCGCAUGUGGAGGCAGAAUUAAGGCAGUAAUAAUUACUGCACGGGGAAAAACCGCACCGAUAAUCGAUUCCGAUCGAAGGCAAGCGAGAAACUGUGUGUGUGUGUGUGUGUGUGUGUGUGUGUGUGUGUGGGUUCCGAGAAUGAGAACAAAAUCCCCUUUUAUUCAUCGCUAAUUAUGUGAGCGCUUACCCAUUUACCACCGAACGCGCGCGCCGUGUAUCAAAUUGAUUGAAGCGAUAGGUUUUUUAGGCUAGCCCCAGAACGGUACGCCGAUCGUAGAAGAACGCGCGUAAAUACAUUAUGUUUAGCUUUCAAAGCCUCUGCCCAAAACACCGUUGAAUCAUAAUCAUUAAUCAAACGGUUCAUAGAAAUGGUUGUUUUUCUCUUUAUUUUUCUUUCCCAUCGGGCUUCGGAAAAUGUUGAAUUGUAUGGGUCGAAUAUUUGUUUAGUCCGCAACGAAAAAGCGCGGCUCUGGCCUGUCCCCUUUUUUGCACCGCCCCAAAAGCACACUGUUGAACCGGACCCGGCGCGCCCGAACGUUCAUUUGUUGCUCGUUUGCUUACGCUUGUGCAGCUUUUAAUGGAAGUUUAAUCAAGCGGAAAAAUAUUACCCCUAGUACUACCUGACUGACCCACCAUUCGGCGGCCAUGUGGCUCGGGGACCCGACCACAACCGGAAUGAUUUCAUUAGGAGAUUUCCGUCUCCCGACGUUUCCGGCUGCCGGCGGGAGCAACAAUCAUUUCAAUAACCAUAACCUCCUAAUGACCGGCGUAAAUAUUGGAUUAGAUUAGAAUUAGCGCAGAGAGCGUGCACGAUCCCUGGCCUGGUUCCCUGCGCUGGUGGUUGGAUUUGUGCUUUCGAACAACAAUUGGAGUUUAGGGAUUAAAUGGAUGAGUUUGGGGCUUAAUGUGCACACAGUGCGUUCAUGGUUGGUGCCAACAGGGUAGAGGCUUCUAAUUGUUUCCCGCUGUUGGUGUAGGCUGGAGCAAUGUCACGAAUUAAACCUACGGCUGAGAAGAUUAAAAUGGUCAUUUAGUUGCAGCUGACAUUCGUACAUUUGUUUCAUUGCAUGUGCUUGUUUUGACUGUAUUUUUGUGUACAUUUUGUUUAUGUUUAUUCCAUCCCUUUCACGUCGAGCGAUGCGUAAUUAUAGGCAUAUAUUUACGAUCAUAAUGGCACAAUAAAUUGUGCAACGGCUGCGAUGGAAGCAAACCAAACUUCGAAAAACAAAACACACCCAAAUGAACUUACAAUUAAGUGCUAAACAAUGUAUAAAAAAUCGAUUGGCAUUGAUAUGUUACAACACACCACAUGAUACUAAUCUUCUAGAGUUAAGUAGAUUGCGAGAUUAAACAACAAACACGACAAGAAAAAUGGUACAGAAUACAUGUACAAAAGCAAUAAAUUUCGUAUAUUUUUUAUCGGUUUUAUAUUCCUCAAACAUCUGGAGAAUGCGCACGAGAGAGAGUAAGAGAGAGAGAGAGAGAGAGAGAGAGAGAGAGAGAGAGAGAAUAAAAAAAGCACACCAUACAAAUGCGUAGCAUUGGGAAAGCAUUUAAAUAUUAACUGUGUAAGAUAUCGUCGAAAGGAGCCAGGCGUAGAUGGCAAGCAAGCAAGGCACCUCCCAUGAUAAGAAACUUAGUAAUGUUACAUACUCUUUGAUCGAAUUCAAUCGAUUAAAGGUCAAUGGAGUAGUGAUCCAGAUCCACUUAACAGGCGAUCAACUUCAAAACACAAUUUUUAAACGCACCGGUACACCUGUAGAAUGAAUUCGAAUUUUAAUUCACCAUAUAUUCACAGUCACAGAACAAAUACGCAUAUGCUCUAGCGAUACAGAGAACUAGUAGAAACAUGUUUGGGAGGUGUUUUUAUUUUUAUUUGCAAACAUAUAACAUUAUUCACAAUUAGCAUAUUCCCAUCGGUAGACAAAACGAAAUCAAACGUGUUUGUAGAAACCUAAAUUAUAGCAAACAUAAAGCGAUCUGCAUUGCAGUAGUUGUAGGAAAAUGCAUUUUAUUACAAAAAAAUCUCCAUUGUUCCAACCUACCCCUGAUUAAAACGCUGAGCGCAGUAAUAAGAGCAAAAGGGGAAUGCUGGCGGGCGUGAUGCGAUUUCGUUUACUACGUUUA